GAGAGAGAGAGAGAGAGAGAGAGAGAGAGUAUGUGCGUGUGCGUUUAAACGGCAGGGCAGCAGCACCAGAAGUAUCAGCUGUUGUCCCAGUCCUCGUCUGCUACUCCUCUCUGCUCUCUCUCUCUCUCGCUCUCUCUCUCUCACUCCUCCUUCGGCUGGGAGCUGUUCUGAGGCGCUUGUGUCUGGGCUGGGCUGGAGGUGGCCAGGGUUGGGCCGACUGUCUCCUCAUGCUGCGGGUGUUUAUCCUUUGUGCCCAGAAUGUGCUGACGCACGAUGAGGACGUCUCAGAUGCCUACUGCCGCGUCACGUAUGAAGGGUGUAAGAAGAAAACCAAAGUCAUCAAAAACAAUGUCAACCCUGUAUGGAAUGAGGGUUUUGAAUGGGAUCUUAAAGGAGUGCCUUUAGACUCCGCAGCUGAGCUGCACGUGGUCGUGAAGGACCAUGAGAAAGUGGGAAGAAACAGGUUUCUGGGGGAAUGUCGGGUGUCUUUAAGAGAUGUGCUUAACUCCCCAAACCUUGCAGCUACCUUCACCGUGUCCUUGGUGGAUGUCAAGAGGAACAAUACCGGGGCCACAGUGACUCUGCAGGUGUCCUACAUCCCUCCACCAGGGACCACCCCCAUCUUCACACACACACCUCAGCCCGAGACCCAGCACAACCCUCCUGAACUGGACACCGUCACAGUGUUCUCACUGGACACAGUGGGUGACGGAGACACAGAGAGCAUGCUCACCUUGGAGGCUGCAGAGGAGCCCGAGCCAGUCCCAGGACCCCAGAGUCAGGACCCCGGGGCCCCUACGGCCCCGCCCAAGAGAGCCCCGCCGGCCUUCCAGCAGGGCCUGAAGAAAAAGAAGCACAGCAAUAAGGCGCUGCUCCCCAACAAGCCCCAGGACCUUCAGGUACGCGUGAGAGUCAUCGAGGGAAGACAGCUGCCUGGUGUUAACAUCAAACCUGUUGUCAAGGUGACCGUGGGCGGCCAGACUAAGAGAACACGUAUCAGGAAGGGCAACAAUCCGUUUUUUGAUGAGACCUUCUUUCUGAACUUCUUUGAGACUCCCAUGGACCUCUUUGAUGAGCCCAUAUUCAUAACAGUGUUUGACUCCAAAUCUCUACGCACAGACUCUGUGAUUGGAGAAUUUAAGAUGGACGUGGGCACAGUGUACGGUGAACACCGACAUGCUAUUCUCAGGAAGUGGUUGUUGCUGGCAGAUCCUGAUGACCUCUCUGCUGGAGCCAGAGGUUAUCUGAAGGUCAGCCUGAAUGUCCUGGCGGCCGGCGAUGAGCCUCCGGUGGAUAAGGAGGGCAUUCAGGAGAAGGAGGAUAUUGAGGCAAACCUGCUGAGACCAGCGGGACUUACGCUCAGAGGAGCCACCUUCACUCUCAAAGCCUACAGAGCAGAGGACCUACCCCAGAUGGAUGACGCUUUUAUGGAUGGCAUGAAGCAUUUCCUGGGCUUUGACUCUAAUAGAAAGAACCUGGUGGAUCCACUAGUGGAACUCAACUUUGCUGGCAAAACGAUGUGCAGUAAGAUACUGGAGAAGAAUGCUAACCCGCAAUGGAACCAAAGCCUGACAGUCCCUGUGCGGUUCCCGUCAAUGUGUGAGAAGAUGAGGAUACGCAUUUUGGAUUGGGAUCGAGCCAGCCACAACGAUGUCAUUGGCACCACACACCUGUGCAUGUCGAAGAUAUCUGCGCCCGGAGGUCAAAUGGAAGACGAGUUGCCUCCCAGGGAUCUCCAAAGCGCCAUUGACGACAGCCUGGGUUUUUUGCCAACAUUCGGCCCAUGUUAUGUGAACAUGUACGGAAGUCCUCGAGAGUUCAACACAUUCUCUGACCCACACGAAGCCCUCAACCUCGGCAAGGGCGAGGGCGUAGCGUACCGCGGCCGUGUGCUGUUGGAGCUAACCACUAAGCUGUGCGACCGGGUGGAGCAGAAGGUGGAAGACAUCCACCCUGAUGACCUGCUGCAGGUAGAGAAGUUCAUGAGGAAGAGGAAGUACUCUCUGUUUGCUGCCUUCUACUCAGCCACCCUCCUCCAGGGCGUGGACGAUGCCAUUCAGUUUGAGGUCAGCAUCGGUAACUACGGCAACAAGUUCGACUCCAGCUGCUUGCCCCUGCCCUCCACUACACAGUACAGCCGUGCUGUGUUUGAUGGUUGUCACUACUACCACCUGCCCUGGGGGAAUGUGAAGCCCGUGGUCGUGCUCUCGUCUGAGUGGGAGAACAUCGGUCCACGUAUAGAGGCCCUGAACAUGUUGCUCAGCAUCGUGGACCGCCUGGAGUCCAACCUGAAGCUGGUGCAGCUGGAGCUCCAAGCGGGUGGCGACCAGGAUGAACUGGAGCAGAGGGUCCUGCGGCUGCUCGAUGACAUCAUCGCCGACUGCAGUGAGGAGCUCCCACAGCUGGAAGGCUGGGCGUGUGCGACACCGCUGGACCGAGCCAUGCGGCGGGGGCGUGAGGUGAACAUGAGGCAGAUCGUGCAGGCUGCCCUGGCGCUCAAGCAUGGACAGGAAACGGAGCUCAGCUUUGUGCUGGAGCAGGCCGAAGACUGGGCCCUGAGACUGCGCUCGCUCGCGGAGGAGCCCCAGAACAGUCUGCCAGACAUAGUGAUCUGGAUGCUCCAGGGAGACAGGAGAGUGGCCUAUCACAGGAUCCCUGCUCAUGAGGUGCUCUUCUCCCAGGGUUACUGUGGCAAGCACUGUGGCCAGCUCCAGAUGCUCUUCAUGAAGUACCCUCAGAGCGGUAGCGACGAUUCGAAGAUCCCAGCACAGAUCAGGGUGAAGGUGUGGUUCGGUCUGGCUGCCGACGUCAGGCACUUCAGCCAGUUUUCCGAGGGCAAGCUGUCUGUGUACGCAGAGACGUAUGAGAACCAGACCAAACUGGCCUUGGUGGGAAGCUGGGGCACGGCGGGCCUCACCUACCCCAAGUUCAGUGACGUCACCGGCAGGGUGAAGCUGCCCAAGGAGAGCUUCAGGCCCUCUCCAGGCUGGACCUGGGCUGGAGACUGGUACAUCAGCCCAGAGAAAACCUUGCUGUGUGACGUGGACGCAGGCCAUAUGAGCUUCAUGGAAGAAGUGUUUGAGAACCAGAUGCGGUUACCAGGGGGACAGUGGAUCGGCAUGCCAGAAGGCUACACGGACGUGAAUGGAGAGAGAGCCGUGCCCAAGGACGACAUCGAGUGCCCUCCAGGCUGGGUGUGGGAAGACGCGGAAUGGAGCGAAGACUUAAAACGAGCAGUGGACGAUCAGGGCUGGGAGUACGGCAUCACCAUCCCCCCGGACCGGCGGCCCAAGUCCUGGGUGCCAGCUGAGAAAAUGUACCACACCAACCGCCGGCGCCGCUGGGUCCGACUACGACGCAGAGACCUGCAGAAAAUGGAGGCCCUCAGAAAGCGUCCGGACGAGUGGGAGCGGGAGGGUUGGGAGUACGCCUCUCUGUUUGGCUGGAAGUUCCGCCUCCAGCAGAAGAAGUCGGACACGUACCGCCGCCGCCGGUGGCGCUGUCGCAUGGAGCCCCUGGAGAAGAGUGGCCCCGCCGCCAUCUUCGCCCUGGAGUGCUCGCUGAGCAGUGUGACUGAUGACAAAAAUGAUGACAAGUCCGUUACAACGACCUUUGGUGUCAAUCGGCCCACCAUCUCUUGCUUCUUCGAGAGUGGCAUUCGCUACCAUUUGCGCUGCUUCAUGUAUCAGGCUAGAGACCUGCUGGCCAUGGAUAAAGACAGCUUCUCAGAUCCCUAUGCCAUUGUCUCGUUCCUGCACCAGAGCCAGAAGACAGUAACUGUAAGGAACACCCUCAACCCUACCUGGGAUCAGACCCUUAUCUUCUUUGAAGUGGAGAUAUUUGGAGAUCCCACAGUGACUGAAAAGAGCCCUCCAAACGUUGUGGUGGAGCUGUAUGAUCAGGACACUUAUGGGGCAGAUGAGUUUAUGGGGCGCUGCAUCUGCCAGCCCUCGAUGGUCUCUUCUCCCCGUCUAGCCUGGCACCCUAUCCUAAAAGGUGGCAAAACAGCUGGAGAGUUGCUUGCUGCCUUUGAGCUGUUACGCAGAGACAAGCCUGCUAUUCAUCACAUCCCUGGUCAAGAGGGGGAUAUUCCCCUACAUUCCCACAUCAUGGAUGAGCUUGUUUUUCCAGUGGUCCUCUUUGAGAGUCUACAUGAGCAAUGGCCAGAGGACUUGCCCCGCCCUCCUCCUCAGAGAGAGCCUAACGUGUACAUGGUGCCACAGGGCAUUAAACCUGCCUUACAACGCACUGCUAUUGAGAUCCUGGCGUGGGGCGUGCGCAACCUUAAGAGCUUCCAACUGGCCAGUGUGACAUCACCCAGCCUGCAGGUGGAGUGCGGGGGCAGCAUGGUGCAGUCCUGCGUCAUCCGCAACGCCAAGAAGAACCCCAACUUCGAGGUCAACACGCUCUUCAUCGACGUGUGGCUGCCCAAGGAGGAGCUGUACGCACCUCCGCUGAUGAUCAAGGUGAUUGAUAAUCGACAGUUUGGCAGGAAGCCAGUGGUGGGCCAGUGCACCAUCCACUCACUGGAGGAGUUCCGGUGCAUUCCGGAGAGCCAGCAAGGAGAGUCCCUGGAUGAACAGCCCGAAGAGAUUGCUGUCACGCCGAGAGAUGAUGUCCUGAUCGACAUCGAUGACAAGGAGCCUCUCAUUCCUGGACAGCUGACAGAUGGCACCAGUUCUGCUAUUAUUAACAUCUCACCUUCGUGCUCAAGCCUCCAUAUGAGACAGUGGGAGGACGACUUCAUGGACUGGUGGAGCAAGUUCUACGCCUCCACAGGUGAGAGGCGGAUGUGUGGGAGCUACCUGGAGAAAGGUCUGGACACCCUGGAGGUGUACGACAGAGAGCUGGAGAGGGUUGAAGGCUUUGAGCAGCUGUCCGACUUCUGCCAGACGUUCCGGCUCUACCGCGGACGAGCGCAGGACGAGGGCGACGACCCUUCCGUCGUCGGGGAGUUCAAGGGCAUGUUCAGGAUCUACCCGUUACCCAGCGAGCCCUCGGGGCCUCUUCCCCCUCGCCAGUUCUGCCAGCUCCCCUCUAACGGCACAGAGGAGUGCCUGGUUCGCCUCUACGUCGUCCAGGCUCACGGGCUACAGCCCAAAGACGCCAAUGGCAAGUGUGACCCCUAUGUCAAGAUCACGCUAGGAAAGAAAUCCAUAAGUGACCAUGACAACUACAUACCCUGCACCUUAAAUCCCGUUUUUGGAAAAAUGUUCGAGCUGACGUGUUGCCUUCCCCUGGAGAAGGACCUGAAGAUCGCCCUGUACGAUUACGACAUGCUCUCCAAGGAUGAGAAGAUCGGCGAGACCGUCAUCGACCUGGAGAACCGCUUCCUGUCACGUUACGGUGCACGAUGUGGCCUGCCCAAGUCCUACUGUGUGUCUGGCGUGAACCAGUGGAGAGACCAGCUGAAACCCAGCCAGCUGCUCCAGCGUGUGUGUCGCAGCAGAAACUACAAGCUGCCGGUGUACAGGCAGGACAGAGUGCACUUCAGGGGCUGCACGUACACUGCUGCAGACCUGGAUGAGACGGGGCCGGCCAACCCUCACUUCGGGCCCCUGGAGGAGAGGCUGGCCCUGCUGAUGCUGAGGGCCCAAGGCUUGGUUCCUGAACACGUGGAGAGUCGCCCUCUUUACAGCCCAUUGCAGCCUGACAUAGAACAGGGGCGCCUGCAGUUGUGGGUGGACCUUUUCCCCAAGUCUCUGGGCCCCCCAGGAGCCCCUUUCAACAUCACCCCACGCAAAGCGAAGAAGUUUUUCCUGCGCUGUAUCAUAUGGAACACCAGCGAUGUUAUCCUGGAUGAUGUCAGUGUCACCGGAGAGAGGAUGAGCGACAUUUACGUGAAAGGCUGGAUGCAGGGCCAUGAGGGCAAUAAGCAAAAGACAGACGUGCACUAUCGCUCUCUGGGCGGCGAGGGCAACUUCAACUGGAGGUUCCUCUUCCCCUUCUACUACUUGCCUGCCGAGCAGCUCUGCACCAUUGAUAAAAAGGAGCACUUCUGGAGUUUGGACAAGGCUGAGACCAAGCUUCCUCCCAAACUCAUUCUUCAGGUUUGGGACAAUGACAAGUUCUCCUUCGACGAUUACCUCGGUUGUUUGGAGAUGGAUCUGAACCACAUGCAGAGACCUGCCAAGUCCGCCGAGAAAUGCAGUCUGGAGCUGCUGUCCCAGCCCUCGGACAAGCUGGUGUCUCUGUUCGAGCAGAAGACCGUCAAAGGCUGGUGGCCCUGCGUGUGCGACAGCCAGGGGGAGAAGGUCAUAGCUGGAAAGGUAGAGAUGACACUGGAGAUAGUUUCGGAGCAGGAGCAGGAUGAGCGGCCGGCGGGCCUGGGAAGAGACGAGCCCAACAUGAACCCCCGCCUGGAGGAGCCACAGAGACCCGAGACCUCCUUCCUGUGGUUCUCCUCCCCGUACAAGACUCUGAAGUUCAUCGUGUGGAGGAGGUUUAAGUGGGUCAUCCUGGGCCUGGUCCUCCUCUUCUUCAUCCUGCUCUUCCUCGGGGUCUUCCUCUACGCCUUUCCUAACUACGCUGCUAUGAAGAUGGUGGGACCCUUCAGCCAAACGGGGAGAGGGACCCAGUGAGCAGGGGCCCGGCGAGAAGGAGGGGGCCCACCGCCCACCAGCACUGUACAAUAGCCCGGCGUGCCCCCCUGUUCCGGCCCUCCGUCGACUCACCCGAGCCCGGCGGAAAGAGCAGUGAGGCGCGAGAGCAGAUGUGGCAGCGAUGCUUGCCCGUGCGUGUCGUUGCGCGGACAGGGCACGCGAGCACGCAAAGCCUCCUUCGCGACCCUCCGCUGACCUCUCCGCUCCCCUGGACUCCCCCGCACACUUUUCUCUCCCUCUGGUGCACGCUUGUCUCUUUUCUGCUCGCUCGCGUCGUGUGAAGCACGGGCUCAUUCACAGCCAAUCACAGCUUCCCCCUCCGCCCUCACACUGAGAGGAGCGGAAGCCCGGUUCCUCCUGCACCCUCCUAUCUCGUCCCUCUUUUGCACGGAAAUCCCUCGCUAAUAGCAGCUGCCGUAGGCUAGUGAUAUGUGUGUGCGUGUCUCUGUGUGUGUGUGUGUGUGUGUGUGUGUGUGUGUGCAUAUGACAAUUAUUUGAAGACAAAAAACAAACAAACUGAGAGAUCAAGACAGGAAGAGAGUGCCUGUCGACAAGCUUUUACGAGUUUGAAUUCAUAGUUUGAGUUUGUUUUUUCGUGAAUUUGAAUUAAUGAGCAUCUGGUCACAGCCACUUUAAACAGCCUGUUGAAAAUGCAGUCAGAAUGAUAAAACACAGUGCUCUGUGGGCGGUACACGCUUCCUCCUUCGUGGAAGGGGUCCCAGCCCCGGGGGUCUCAGCAGAGGGCUCCAGCCGGGUCAAACAGCUCCCGGGGCGGGGCUCUGCUGUGCCACACCAUUACGUAAAGCCGACCUUUGCGUCCUCCGAGCCCUUAGCGGUGUGUUUAUCUGACAGCUAGUGUCGCACCGUGUCCCUCGGAAGAGGAAAAGUCAGGAGAACUCGGCUAAUCCCAAACGUGUGCGUCCUGGCCGCAGAAAAUGUGAGGGAAAGCGCCGAAAGUAGAGCUUUGACCUGCCGAUGGGCCUCGCUGAUCUGGGAGCUCUGUGACCAUGAACUGGAAGAGAAACAGAGAGAGAGAGAGACAGCUCUUAGAAGCAGAAGCCGAGGGUAAUGAAAGACGAUUUUGUUUAAUUUAUCAUACAAAAAAAGAAGUCGACCUUUUUCAUUUCUUCAAUAGCCCCUUCUCUAUGAGCUCUAGUUAAAACAUGCGGCUCCUUUGUGUCUUUGCCUUAAAUCCUUACAAUACGAUUUUCAAAAUACUUGAAAUGUAACAUUUUGAAGGACAUAUGUAUAAUAUUCCACCAAAGUAACAGUUGAGGUUCAGAAAAUGCAAGCAAUCAUGUCUUGUUUACACAACAUGACAAUCCUGACUUUUUUUUAAAAACUCCUGUUCCUUUGAGUGCAUCACACAGGGUUAUGAAUGUUAUCACUCUCUCAGUCUCUAAUGUCAUGCGGAAUCUGCUGGAACCUAAUGCCUUACUGCUUACGCCUUUCACAGGAAUAAGAUCAAGCCACUGUAUCUGACUGUAUCUGUUUACAGCAAUGUGCUGGAUGUGUAUAACAUCGCAAUAUUCCAAUAAAAUGAAUAUAUAUCCCCUUGA